AUGGACAAACUUAUGUUAACUAUGCGUGUUUAUCAGUCUAAAUCUCCAAGGAAAACUUUAAUGCCCUUUCAAAAAGGAAUUCUUAUGAGCAAUAACUCCUUAAGGAAUUUAUUUGCAGACAUGAAAGAAAUGUAUAACAUAAAAUACAUUAUUACCAGGCGUCUUAAUCAAGAUGUAUUGGAAAAUUGUUUUAGUUUUUUGCGAUUAAUGGGUGCAGCCAAUACACACUCAACACCUUUAAAUUUUCGAUACAGGCUACGGUGGUACAUUUUGGGGAAACAUAGUAAUGCUGUUUUUACAUCGAAUAGGAAUACAGAAGAAAGUCAAUCUGAAGAAUGCCUCAUUGAUUCAAGUACUGUUUUUGUCAGUGACAUAUUGAAAGAGGCAGAUAUUACUUGUGAGUCUGAAAAUAAUGAAAUUAAUAAGACAUUCAUAUGUUACAGUUAA